AUGCUGGAACGGGUUGGUGGCAUCAAUAUUUUUGGAUCAGCCAUUACAUCUGCCAUUCGUCGCCAGCAGUCAUCUGACUCUGAACAGUCAGAAAAGGAUGGUUCUGACUGGAGUGGUAGUAGGAAGUCCUCCAUUUCUACUCCCAAGCUGACUAAACCUGCAAGCAAGCCAGAAUCACCUAUAGUGCAAACAGCAGCAACAGUAAAAGUUGUACCUCCUGCUUCAGGAGGAAGAGGAGGAGGAGAGAAAACACAAACUGAUAGUAGGGAGGAAAAAUCUGUGCCAGUAGCUGCUACUGCUAAUGCUAGCAUCCAGAAAGGAAUGCCUAAAAGAGGUCUGUUUUCUGAUGAUGAUGAUGAUGACUUGUUUAGCAUACCUGCUAAAACUGAGAAGAAAGCUAGCAUUCCCCCAAUAGCAUCUGUAACUGAGAAGCCCCUCACCGGGAGGACAGUAUCAGGAUCCAGCUCUUUAUUUAGUGACCCAGAAGAAGAGGGGCUUUUUGGUGCAGCAGUUUCUUCAAAACCUAAAGUAACUCAAGAACAGCCAAAUUCAACAAAUCCAGUAAAGGUACCUAAUAUCUCUCAGAAGAAUAGCUCCCUGUUUAGCUCCCCAAGUGAUGAGGAUGAUUUGUUUUCUGCUACAAUAAGUUCUCAAGUGUCAGAGGCACCACUGGCCUCCACAUUGGAGCCUCCACCCAUCACAUCCUCAGCAACUUCUAAGACAGAGGUUGUAAAUGACCUCUUUGGGUCACCCUUAAGUGAAGAUAGUUUAUUCACAUCCAAUGCUUCUGUAUCUUCUAAGACAAAUACAUCUUUACAAAAGGAUAAAAUGCCGGUGAUUAGUCAGGAACACAGUCGUCAACCAGAAAAGACAGAAUCAAAGGCUCAGGUUCCAUCAGCAACCAGCACUAUCUUCCAAUCUCAAUCUGAUGAUGAUGAUCUUUUUGCAGUCCCAAAGAGUACAUCAAAAGGUACAUCUGAGCCUAGGGGUGCCCAUAAGGAGAAUCUGACAUCAUCUACCUUCAGGACUACACAGAAUUCAUUAACACCAAGUACAGACUCUGAUAUAUUUGGAUCACCAGAAGAUGACUUGUUUGUAGAAAAAGUAAAGUCAGAAGUUAUUGAGCCCAUGAAAAAGGCUUCAGGAUCAAUAAGCUCUCAACAAAGUAAAUUGGAUUCUAAAUCUUUAAGUCAGAUAGACGAUAAUGUAUCAAAAGUACCAGAGGGUAGUGGCCAGAGUCAUGGCAGUGAAAAGAAACAUAUCAGUUUAUUUGGUUCACCAGAAGAAGAGGAUAUUUUUUCAAUUGGUAAAUCAUAUACAAAAUCAGAUUCACUGGAGAAUAGACCUAGUAACAUUUUAAAACCAAAUAUUUUUGGGGGCAUGAGUGAUGAUGAAGACAUUUUUAGCUCAUGUCCUAGACCAGCAAAGCAACAGGAAAUUAAUGUAACACUGGGAAGUGAAGUUAGAACAUCUUCAGAUCAUAUCAAAGAAAAGCAAGCAACUGGAGACAAAGAAAGCCAAGUUUCUAAUUUGAAAGACUCAGUACAGCCAACCUUGUCUGCUACAAAAGCACCAGUAGGAGGAGUAGCUCUCUUUGGAAAUGAUGAAUUGAGAGCUAAGUGGAUAAGAGAAGAUGAGAGUGAAGAUGACAUCUUUGGAAUCAGCCAAGUGACGAUAAAAACACAUUCACACAUUCCAGGGAGAGGAAGCCCUCCACCAUUGCCUUCAGAAAUUAGUAGUGUGUCGUCCAUCUCAUUACCAGAAAAGGUCUCAACUGUAGUGGUACCUAAACAAUCUGACAGUCCUGACAAGAGAGAGAUUGAAGAUGCUCUGUCUGUGGUACAAAAUGAAGAAGAAAGACAGGCUAGAAAAUUAGCCAGAGAGAAAGAGGAGGGAAUAAGGGCUGAUCCAUCUACUGUAGACGAUGCAAAAGAGUCAGAGAGGAAAGAAGAGUCAGGUGAAGAAAUAGAACCAAAGAAGAAGCCACCAGUAGGGGGAGUUUCCAUGUUUGGAGGGGGAGGCUUAGGUGGCAGUGAACUCUUUGCUAAAGUGAAUCAGAGGAAGAGUAUGUUAGGGGAGACAGAGAGUGAUAGUGAUGGAGAUUCCAAGAUUGGGUCUGCCAGCGCACCAACCCACUCAGUUGAAAUUGUGAAGGAAGACAGAAAAGUGCCAAAGAUGUCUCCAGCCUCAAAAACAGUUGUAAACCCUACACCAACUGCAUCCACUUUGCCAAGCUUAGGGGUGAAGUUUGGUGGGCAGGAGAAUAGCAUUAGUUUUGAUGAGCCAGUCACAACAACAAACACUUUAGAAAGCUUGAAUAAGAGUCGAGUAAGAGGAAGUGUUAAAAGAAGACCUCCAAGCAGAGCUCACAGAAAAGGUGCUGCCAUAGACAGUUCCCAGACCAAUACAUUGACCAUUCCUUCAGUUGCACAAACACCAUCAGAUAGAGUUCCUGUACCUCAAGAAACAAACACUAGAAAGCUAAAUGAAAAGGAUGCAGCAAUUGAAAGUCCCUCUCAUAGUGACCCUCCUGUUGAAGAUCAGAUCUUUUCCAGCAGUGAGAAUGAGGAUGAUAUGUUUAGAGAAAAUAAAGCAAAAAAUGUAAAUAGAAUUGAGAGGAGUGUUCAGCAGAUUCACCAAACACAUGAGGUAGAAAAUGGGAGUAACACCACACCUAGCAAACAAGCUGAAGUGCAGGGUGAACUUGAAGAAGACCUUUUUAGCAAAUUGCAAAAUGCCUCAUAUACUAGAAAAUCCCAGAACCUUGUAAAGCCUGAUAAGUCUCAACCAUCAUCAUUGUUUGGAGAUGAUGACAGUGAUGAAGAUCUGUUUGGAGCAUCAAACUCCAAAUUAUCAUCUCAUAAAGCUUCAAAGUCAGCUGUACAGCCAGACGUCUCUAAGAAGGAGAGCAAGCCUGUUGUUUCUCAGUCCCUCUUUGGAGAUGAUGAUGAUGACAUAUUCAGUUCAACAGGAGCAGUAGGAAAAGCAGAGCCUAGUGCUGUUAAAAAAAUGUCAACAUCAAAGUCUAAGACUAGUUUAACAUCAACAAGUGAACCUUUUGAUGACCCACUUCUUGGUCCACGAAAUUGAGACUGAAAAAAACUGGGUUAAAAUAUUGGUGCUUUGUUUAACCAUCAUGUGUGCAGUAUGUGAUAGAUAUAGUCCUCUGUGAUGUGGGGAUAUUAUGUACUGAUUCCUAUUUUUGUCAGGAUGCCUUGUGUAUACUUGUCCACAUUCAUACAUAUAUUACAACAUAAAAACAUGUACAUACAUAUACUGCAUAUAUUAUAUUUUAUCAACAAUGGUAUAAUAUCACUUUUUUAUCUAUAAUAUCAAGA